AUGGCAGCCCGUUCUAGAGCCAUUAGGUUCAAAGUCCCUACAAAUCAUGCAAACGCCGCCAAAGCAUCGCGAGUCAUCCGGUCCAUCAAGAGCAGGUACCGCACUCAAGCGUUUCUCUUUCUGGCCUACCACUUCUUCCUUAGCUCACCUCCGCACCUGGACAUCUUCAUCAUGUUCUUUAUACUCGUCAGCAACUUUAUGAACCGGCACCAGGCGUUUCCAAGCCAGCUGCUCCUGGACGGGAUUCAGUUUCUGCUCGACGAAAGAAGGUUCCUCCUGCCUUGA